CCCUUGGCCGGAAUCGAACCCGUGACUCAUUGGUCCGCGGGCCGACGCUCUAACCCCUGAGCCAAGCCGUCCGGGCCCUAGAACCUAUUUUAUAGUCUGGGGGUGGGGGCCGGGGCAGAAUUCCCAAGAGGUUCAGGCUUCAGCUGCUCCGGGCAUCUCCCUUUGGCUGCAGCUCUGGGCACUCACAGCCAAACAGGAAGGGCAGACAUCCUUGGCACCCUCAGAGCUGGCUCUGAACUCAGGGUCAUCUGCUCGGUGUCCUCAGCGAGGCAGGUCUGCUUGGUGUCUGACGGGUCCCCUGAGCUUGCCCCUUGGUCACACACCCCCUCAGCUCUCAGGGCCAAAAGGCAGGAGUCCCUCUGGAAUAACCUGAAGCUGGGGCUUGGUGGAUGGAGCCCUGGGAGAGGUCUCUGCCUCCACUUCCCAGGGCAUGGCCCCACCCAGCCCCACCAUUCUGGGCUCCUCACUUCUAACCCUCCCUGCUGUCGGCCACUUCACAGACACCCAGACAUGGCAGAGUUCCCACGGAAGCAGGGGAAGCGGCAUGAAGAGGAUGUGCUGAGCAGCGCUGUGAACUUCCUCCUGGCCAACGCCCGCCUGGUGCUGGGUGUGGGCGGGGCUGCCGUGCUGGGGAUCGCCACGCUGGCUGUGAAGCGGCUCAUUGACAGGGCUACCAGUCCUCCGGACGAGGAUGAUGCCAAGGCAGACGCCACAAGCCUGGAAGACAGCUGGAAGGACCUGAGCCUGCUCAAGGCCACGCCACGUGUCCAUUCCCGGUCCUUACCUCCUGCCCUCAGCCAGCCUGUGCUGCUCCCUGCCCCCUCACUGUUUGCCCCAGAGGGGCCUGCAGGUGCUGACCCUCAGCCAUCUCAGCUUACCUCCCCAGGACCAUUGUGCCUGACUUUCCAGGAGAAGCUAUUGGCAUUUGAGCGAGACCACGUGAGCAUCCCUGUGUCUCAUGUGGCUCUGGCCAAGCAGCUGGCGGGUGACAUUGCCCUGGAGCUGCAGGCCUACUUGCAGAGGAAGUUCCCGGAACUGCCUUUUGGGGCGCUCGUGCCCGGAGGGCCGCUCUAUGACGGCUUGCAGGCAGGGGCUGCUGACCACGUGCGUCUCCUGGUGCCUUUGAUGCUGGAGCCUGGCCUGUGGAGCCUGAUGCCUGGCAUGGACACUGUGGCCAGGGACCCCCGCUGCUGGGCUGUGCGCAGGACUCAGCUUGAAUUCUGUCCCCGUGGAAGAAGCCCCUGGGACCGCUUCCUAGUGGGUGGCUACCUCUCCUCCCGUGUCCUGCUGGAACUGUUCCGCAAGGCACUGGCUGCCUCCGUCAACUGGCCCGCUAUCGGCAGCCUUCUGGGGUGCCUGAUCCGGCCCAGCGUGGCCACCGACGAGCUGCUGCUGGAAGUGCAGCACGAGCGUCAGGAGCUCACAGUCGCCGUGCUCCUGGCCAUCACCAGCGCUGACACUGAACAACGUCUCCUGGCCUGGCCCCGGGAGGGGCUGGCUGGGAACUUCUGGCUGCAGGACUUAUACGCAGCAGAGGCCGCCAGGCUGCAAGCUCUGGAUGAGCGUGAUGGCGGGACCCGGCGGCGGCUGCUGCUGCUGCUGUGUGGUGUGUGCCAAGGCCAUCCGGUCCUGAGACGACUGAGCUGGUGCCACCUGGCCCAGGUGGUGCUGCGUCUGGGAGAGGAGGAGGUGGGCUGGGCCGAGGCGGCCUUGGGGGAGCGCUUCCUGCAGGCUGUGGAGCUGCUUAUCGGCAGCCUGGAGCAGGCCAGCCUGCCCUGCCACUUCAACCCCGGUGUGAACCUGCUCGACAGCCUGCGCCCCGAGGAGAUCGACAGCAUUGGCUACGCUCUGUACUUUGGCCUGCAGGCCCCCGAGGGGCUGCUUUGGGUGGGACCGGGCAGGCAGCAUGUGUUUUGACGCUGGUGAGCCGCACACUCCCCCUCCAGGGAAUUGGAGAGCACUGUUUCGCUUUUAGGCAGGAUAGAAGAGGUGUGUUAGCUCAGCCCAUGGGGUUAGUACAGGCAGCAGUGGCUGGAAUCCUGAGCCCAGAGCUGGGGCUGCUGUACUGGAGCGAGGCUGCUCUGCCUCUCAGACAGCCUGCAUUCGGCCACACACACGUCCUUUGUCCCCUGGGCCGACAGCGGGGCCUCGGGCCUGGUCCAUCAUCACCAGCAGUGAAUCCGCUGUCCGAGGCAGGGAGUAAGGCCAGCUGUUUUUCCGUGGGGAGGGUGAGGUGCUUUCCUCGGGUGCCAGCUCCAGGCUUCUAGGCUUCUGGUGCAGGGUGAUACAUGCCACGUGUUCAUCCUCCAUGGCCCGUGUCACCUGGUUCCUGCGGAGCGCAGCUUUUUGGCUGACUUAAAGGCUGGUGGUCUCCGAUGUCGUGUGUGGUCUAGUUUGCUUGUCGGGCUCUCCCCCAGCCUAGAGCACUGCCCACCUUAUACCUCUGGGGAAGGCCCCUUUCCCUCCAACCAGGCGGCUUUCUCUUCGGGCAGUGGAGGGCCUGGGGAGAGCCUCUUCCCACUGGGGUUGCUGACGUUCUGUGCUGUCUGUCCAGAACCAAGUGUGUCCCGCUAGCUGAUGCUGGGCCGGCUAGAGAGCGGAGGCCCGGCACUCCUGGGAGGCCCGGCGUGCGGAGUGGUCUCUGCAGGGCCAACACAGACAGCUCUCAGCUGACCUGUGUUCUCACUGAAGCCUGCUGGAGGUGGGCGGGCAGGAAAGGGAAGGUCUGCCCCCUCCCAGGUGUUCCUCCUAACUUGGGUAGCCUUCCGGCUGAAGCAGGGCUAUGCCUCAGAUUGUGAACGAGAAUAAAAGGAAAGACAAGCAUU